UACCAUCCACCUUUCUUUCUUAUAUAUAAUGCCCUCUAAGACAUCUUCUAUACAAAUUACCUCAUCGAAUGGCCACGCACACACUAUGUCAACACAAGAUAACGCAUCUCAGCUCCUGGCAGCUCUGUCAUCUCGAACGGUGUCCACCGGAAACUCACAACGUGCAAAGACACACUACACUACGUCUCCAAAGCCAUCCAAGAAGUCAACUAGAAAAAGCGCUCUCCAUUAUAUGCAAGAUUCUUAUACUGGCUCGCAUCAACUAAAGAAGGUGGUUGCUAAUGCCGUCCGCUUUAGUCACGCCCCCUCUUACAAAGCUCAUAACAAGCAAGAUAUUUAUGUCGCCAUACCCGUCGGAAAAGUCAUCUCCGCUGCCACCAACGAAGGAAAUGCCAAUAUUCUUGCUGCUAAGCGGGACGGCAACCUCAAGGCCGUCAUGUCCUAUUUUCUUACUAUGAAGCGACAAGGAGCCAUUCUUACUCACCACACUUAUAAUAUGGUGCUUGACGCACAUUCUACACUGCGCCGUGAAGGCUCUCCCAUUGCUGGUCUUUUGGAAGUCUAUGCUGAUAUGAUCGAAGCUGGCAUUCACCCUACCUCCUAUACAUAUGCCCUGCUUAUCAGAACACUCUGUAAGCGUGACGUUGAAGUCCAAAAGACCAUGGCUAUGCUUCAGAGACAGUCCGCUCGCUAUGGAACCGAGCCCGAGGAUGUCUCUCAGCUGGAAAGUGAAAUGAACAUAGAAAAUGCACUUGCUGUCUUUGAGACUGCAGUCCGUACUGGAUGGGUUCAAGACUUUGAAACCGAGAUUUACAAUCAGAUGCUUCGAACUCUUUCACACUAUGGGAACACGGAAGACGCUCUGCAUGUUUUUGCUCAACUACAAUCUUCCAACAAGGCUGUGCCUAAUUCAGGCACCUAUGCUGCCCUUAUCACACUGUAUGGUCGUGCUGGUGACCUUGAAGGCGCUCUUGAAUGCUUCCAAGAUUAUCGUGAAUGCAAGAAUAGCCUUGGCAGCCAUGAUGCUUCUUAUGUUUACAAUGCUCUGGUGGAUGCUCAUCUGAAGUGCCACGAUGUCCCCGGUGCCCUCAAGGUCAUUGAAGAAGAUAUGGUACAAGAUGAUAUCCAAGUGACUACUAUCCCUUACAACUCGGUCAUUCGAGAUACCUGCAACCGAGCUAGUUAUCAGGAAGCUCAUGAUUUGAUUGCUCGCAUGGAGUCAGAUGACAGUCUCCCUAAUCCUGACGCCAGCACCUACGGCCCUGUCUUGUCAGCCAUGUGCCAACAGAACAACUUUGAAACAUCCGAAAAAUUGUACAAUGCCAUGCUCAAGACAGAUAUCACCAAGUCUUACGGAAACAUGGCCAAUUUCGCAUUUUUGUGCCUCUCCAAUGGCCAUGCUGAAAAAGUUUUUGACAUCAUCUCUGAUAUGCGUGCUGUUGGUUUAGAGCCCGAUGUGACCCUCUGUGAACGCUUUGUCACCCACUUUACCGUCCACGAUGACAUCUCAAGCGCCAUCGCUGCUCUUAAAACCAUUACCACGGCAGUAGCUCAAAAGUCAUUUAUCAAGUCCACCGCUCAUAUUUCUGGCCCAGCUUUGCAGCUUCUGAAUCACUGCUCUACCCUUUCUCAAGCCUUAUCUGUCGUCCACAUUGUAUCUCCAUUUGGCAUUCGCAUUUCGGCUGACAUUGCUGCUGAUAUCUUGGAAAAAUAUGCAAAGGAAGACAUUGCAGACCUUGAAUUGUCCCACAAGGAUUUAUCUGCCCUCUUGGAAUUAGCUCUCGCUGCUGAAAGAGAACCUGUCGAGUUUCAACAAACUGUCUUCAACGUCUUCCAAGACAUGCGAUCUCUCAGUCACAAGCCCAACAAGCUGCUGUGCUCAAGAAUCUAUCAGGCUUUGCUGAAGAACGGAGAUGAAGACCUUGCUGAGGAAUGGCAUGUUAAGACUGACAAAUUCAUCGAAGGAAGAAUGAGCCCUGAUCCUGUGCGUCGCCGUUCUAGUACUAUGUCGAUUGAAGCUGAUGUUCAAUCCAAUGAGAUCACCAAGGCUGCUACUCGUGGCAAGUUUGAUGAAGCUGUUCAUAUCUUGGAGCAUGCUAUCAUUGAGCAAGGUAUGAUCCCUACCCCUGAGGCCAUCCGUGACACCAUUGUCCUGGUUGCCAAACAAGGUAACAUGGACACCGUAACCUACAUCUAUAAGCUUGCCAUAGAGGCUUAUGAAAAGUUCGAAGAUGAAGACAAGAUCAAGCGAGCAAAGCACAUGGCAAUGAACAGUGUCCUUAUUGGUUAUGCCCAGAUGGGUGAUAUGGUAGAAGCCAAGAAAUACUAUCAAAGCAUUAAGCAACUCGGUGAAUAUCCAGAUGGAAAUGCCUACGCAUCCCUUCUCUUAGGGAGUGCCAAGGAUACCACUGAUGAAGCUACCGACGCGCUUCUCAUUUAUGAAGAAGCCAAGCGACAUGACAUCAAGCCCACCACCUUUUUCUAUAACGUUAUCAUCUCCAAGUUGGCCAAGGCCCGCAAGCUGGAAAAUGCAUUGAAACUCUUUGAUGAAAUGCAAGAACUCAAGGUGGCUGCCAACUCCAUUACCUAUGGUGCUAUCAUUUCUGCCUGCAUUCGAGCUGGCUCUGAGUCUCAAGCCAUUGCACUCUUCCGGGAAAUGACUCAGCACCCUAGCUACCAACCCCGAGUGGGACCCUUCAACAAUAUGAUGCAACACUUUGUCCGCCAACAUCCUGACCGUGAGCGCGUUUUGGAAUAUUUCCGUGAACUCCGUAAGCGAGGAAUCCGACCUUCCCACCACACUUACAAAUUGCUCAUGGAGGCUUACGGAAGCAUUGCUCCUUAUGAUAUGCCUACCGCGCACUCUAUGCUCAGAGAAAUGGAGAAACGGGACCGUCUCAAGCCUCAAGCCACUCACUACGCAAGUUUGAUAUACUCUUAUGGUUGUCGACAACGAGAUGUUCGCAGUGCCACGCGCGUCUUUGAAGAGAUGAAGCGAGCCAAUGUGCAAGGCGAUGAAACAGUAUACCAAGCUAUCUUGGAUACCUACAUUGAAAACAACAAUAUGGACGAGGCCGAAAAGCUUUACAAGGAAAUGUUACGCCAAGGCGUCAAGUCCAAUACGUACAUUGAAAAUCUCUUCAUCAAAGGUUACGGUAUGACAGGCAAUGUCAUCAAGGCCAGAAAAGUUUUCGAUAAAAUGGAAGAUGACAAGCGUAGUAGUCUCUCUCGUGAACCUAGUACUUAUGAGGCCAUGAUCAAAGCAUUGCUUCAGAAUGGUCAAAAGCCAGCGUGCAAGGACAUUGUCAAAGCUCUCCAGGAACGAGAAUUCCCUGAAAAAAUAGCCAACACCAUUGCUGGUUUGUGCAAGUAAUUAUGUUUUGGAACGUAUUUGUGAAUAUUAGAAAAAAAAAUAAACCACCAUGUAUAUAUUUUAUCAAUGACACCUUGGCGCUGUUCCAAGCCACUUCUUGAGCCAG